CUUCGCAUCUGCCUGUCUCGUCGCCAGUUUCAUCGUCCCACGCGUCUUACAUCAGCGACCUCCCACUUCCUUCGUGAGCCUGUCCCGGUGCCUCUUUGUAGGCGGGGAAGACGCGCCUGCUACGUGGCCCACCCGGUCGCAUACAUACCCGUUACUCCUCCCGUACCCGUUCUGUUCUACUUGCUGCUGCUGCUGCUGAGGUCAAAAUCGCUCAGCCCAUACCCAGUCCUCGACCUCGAAACCGUCCUCAUACCCUUGACUUCUCUGUCUAGAUCUCUUGUUGACGUGGUCUGCCAUUUUCCAGGAUGGUGCGAUCGCUCCCCAAGAAACAUAAUCCUUACAUCCUUCCAGAUGGUUCUCCUUCAUAUGAAGAUCUCGUCGCGCGUCGUCGCCUCGGGAAGACGCAUCUAGCCGUCAAACCCACGCAGAUCGGAAUGUCCAAUGCAACAAAGCCAGAGAACCUGGGUCCGUUUGAGUAUGCCCAUUUGCGCGCCCCGUUGCCCGGGGAUCUCAAGGGCUCCGAGAUCUUUCCGUCGUACACUCCCCAGGAUCAUCCCACUUACUUUUUGAUGCGUCGCAGUAAAGAUGGAUACGUUAGCGCGACUGGCAUGUUUAAGAUCGCAUUCCCAUGGGCUAGACUAGACGAGGAACGCUCAGAACGCGACUAUCUGAAGGCCCGAAAGGAGACCAGUGAAGAUGAGAUCGCCGGCAAUAUUUGGAUUUCUCCAACUCUUGCCCUUGAGCUAGCUAAGGAAUAUCAAAUGUAUGACUGGGUCCGUGCUCUCCUUGAUCCGACCGAGAUCAUCCAGAGUCCAUCGAAGCAGAUCACAUCUCCUCCCAAGUUCGAACUGCCCCCAUUGGAUACCGCCCCUGAGCUUCCUCCUUCCACACGUACCCGAAGUCGCCGGUCCGCAUCACCCAGCAAAAGACCUGCCUCGCCUCGCAAAUCCCGACAGACCAGGGCCGCAAAGGAAGCUAGCUCCGCCGCAGCAAGCGCAGCGACUGAAACCCUCCAGUCUACGUUGAACGCGUCCGCAACCACCGCAGAAUCCGAAACGAUCGAAGAGACUGCCAAAAUCGAAGUGAAAGUGAACGGCGAAGAGAAGCCAAAACCUCGUAAAUCGGGGGCCUGGGCCGCCCGCAAGGCGGCUCCCAAGAAAGAAGAGGAGAUUAAAGUCAACGGCGAAUCCGCCGAAGAGGCGGAGGAUGCUGAAGCCGCCAAGGCCACCGUUUCAACAGAUGAACCGUCGCUCCUCCCUGAGUUGCCUCCCGAGGCCAAUCCGGAGGCGCUGCUAGCGGAAGCGAAGAAAAUGGUCGAGAAAGCUAAGGAGGAUCUUGAGGUGAAAGGCGAAGCAGCAGAUUCUUCUGCGAAGAAACAGGCCACGAAACGUAAGACAGAGGAUCUGACCGAAGACGAAGAAGACGAAAAAUCGUCGGAAGACCGGGCCCAGCGGGUCAAGAGGGCCAAGAUAUUGGAGGAGAAGCUCAAACGCGAGCGCGUGAGGAAUCGCGCCUUGGUUGGUGUUACUGCUGCAUUGGCAAUUGCGUAAGUAUUUCGCUCCAUGUUUCGAUGAGUGGAUACCUGACUAUCUGUCUAGUGCAUCCCUCCCAUAUUUCUUUU